AUGAUAGCACGAGAUGUGACAACUAUCUUCUACCUCUUUUACCAUCUGUCUGAACCAAUAACAUCGUCAGUUUCCAAACCGCUAACUGGAUGUGAGCUGAACGUUGAUCUGCACUCCAUCUCCAACUCAGACUGUCAGACACAACAUGUUGAAAAAAUCUGUGAGAUCUCAACACUGGAUGAAGAAGUUAAAGAGAAGCCACACACUGACUCUGAACAACCAGAGAAGAUCCACGUGGUUCCGAUCCACCGGCGUCCGGAUCUGCUGGCUCCCUGCGCGGACCUGGUCAACUCUGAGUGGCAGAGGAGCCAGGCCGCCCGGGUUCACUCCCUUCAGAAGUCCUGUCCAGAGUUCCCCGUCUCCCUGGUUCUUCUGCAGGGACGUAAAGAGAAAGAGCGGCUGCUCGGCCAUGUCCGGCUGUCCCGGGUCGUGGGUCACAGCAGCAGCCUAUUCGUGGAGUCAGUGGUUGUGUCCAAGGCAGAGCGAGGGAAGGGCUACGGCCGGACUUUGAUGGAGGAAACUGAGCGCUACUCCAAAAGCAGAGGGUUCAAGCGCCUGUGCCUGACCACUCACGAUAAGCAGCACUUCUACGCACACCUGGGCUACGUGCUGUCGACGCCAGUGCAGAACGCAGGCGCCAUGACGUCGUUUGUUCCCAUGGAGAUGCUUCUGAGGUUCUCCAGGAUGCCGAGCGAAGAGACGAGCACGUGGAAACAAACACAGACAAUGAUGGAUGCUCAAAUACCACAAGGGAGCAGAGACUCAGGAGGGCAGCUUGUAGUUCAGACUCUGACCCAAACUCCCUACAGAGACGCCAAAGGAGUUCCCAUCUACUGGAUGCACAAAGACAUUUGA